GUAGAGCUGAGUGGCAGCGCCGUGUAAUACUUGUUCAAUGUCUGAGGCUCAGCUUCCUGAACCCAUGUAACAUUUAGCUUAGCUGCACGACAUCGUCACCACAGCAGCGGCAGAAAACACAGCUCGGAAACAUGCUUUGGUUCGAAGGCUCGAUUUCUGCUGCCAUUAACUCAGCUAAGCAGCGGGGCUUCGUUUUUGUCGUCGUCAUUACUGGCGAAGAUGAGCAGUCCGCACUGCUGAUGUCCAGCUGGGAGGACGACACAGUCUCAGAGGCAGCACUCAACUGCUGUGUGGCCAUUAAUGUCGAUGCCAAGAGUGAAGCAUGUAUGCAGUUCUCCCAGUUCUAUCCAGUGGUGUGCAUUCCCUCUUGCUUCUUUAUUGGGGAGAAUGGAAUUCCUCUGGAGGUCAUCGCUGGGAGUGUGUCCGCCGAAGAACUGAUGAAAAGACUCAACAGAGUUAAGCAGAUGCAUACUGAGCAGAUUGGAGGUGCCACAGUGUUUCCAGAGGCAAGUACUCCUUCGGAGACCAGCUCACAUAAAAGCACAGAAUCUGCUGUAGCCUCAGCUCCCGCAAAGCCUGUCAGGUCAGCAGCAGAAGCCACAGAUCUUGCAGCAGUAUCAGGAAGUGCAAAAGCACCUCUAUCGAGCUCAGAAGAUGCCCCAGUGACUCUUGCAGAGAGUGCUUCUUCAGAUGAUGCUACUCACUGUGCUCAGAGUGAGGAAAACCUGGACGCUAAAGUGCAAAGGUUAAACAAAAAACUGGAGGAGAGACAAGAGCAAAAGAAGAAAGGAGAAGAAGAGACCGAGAUCAGAAAGGAAAUGGAGCGGCGGAAGAUUGGGAAGGACAUGCAGGACUUAAAAAAGAAACAAGGAGACGACAAGACUAAGCGACUCCUGGACGAGAGGAAUCGGGAGAAGGCCGAGGAGAAGGCUGCCAGGGAGCGGGUCAAACUUCAAAUCGCCAUGGACCGAGCUGACAGAGCAGCCCGCUAUUCCAAAACCCAGGAAGAGGACAAAGCUGUUAAAGAUGCUCUGCUGCAGGCCCGACAGGCAGAACAGGAGGCCAGGAAGGAGACAUUGGUCAGGCAGAGGAGUACCAUAGCAAGGAUACAGUUCCGCCUCCCAGACGGGUCAUCUUUCACCAACCAGUUCCCCUCUCAGAGCACACUGCAGGAGGCUCGUCACUUUGCUGUUCAGGAAGUGGGAAACCGUUACGGCAACUUCUCCCUAGCAACCAUGUUCCCUCGACGGGAGUUCACAAGUGAAGACCUGAACAAAACUCUGCUAGAGCUGGAAUUGGCUCCAAGUGCUUCCAUUGUGCUUCUGCCGCAUUCAGGCAGGCCUGCUAACACUGUAGUCCAGUCCUCUGGGGGUGGCAUUUGGGCUGUUCUGGGAACACUCCUCUCUCCUCUACUGGCUGUAUGGAGAUUCCUCAGCACCUUUCUGUUUACAACUCCCCCCCCUCCUGGACCGGCAUCCCAAGGCCCCAGCCAGCAGUCCAGCUCGUAUACCAACUCAUCAUCGGCAUCCGACAAGGCAAAGAGAGAAACUCACACUCUGGAGAAGCGGCCCAAAGACUUCAAGAAAGAGGGUAAAAUCUGCAGUCUGAGGACUCAGGAGGACAGUGAGGAUGACAACAACACCUGGAACGGGAACUCUACCCAGCAGAUGUAAAAUGUGAAUUAAUUCAGUCUGACCAGUUUAGGGUUUCUGCUCCAGCUGAUGCUUUAGUUUUCUACCCCAUUCAGGCUUGGUAUAAACAUCCAUCCUGAGUGAUCCAGUCACAAGUGGUCAGCACCAACUUCAGGUCUGAACUUGCCCAAAUGCAUCCUGAAUUCAUCCUGAGAUCCGAUCACUCACACCACAUUUAGAGGUGGUCUGGGACGCAUUCCUCUCGCUCUGUGAACACAUGCCCUCUGGGCCACAUAUGAAGGACCACCUACUCAGCUGACAUCCUCUGACCUGCUCCAGUUUCACAAUGAAUCAAAUGUAUUUUGUUGUUUCUCAGUGCCGAUACGUCGAUUUGUUUGUGGCCACUACCACAAUAUCAACACAUAAUAAUUGAUGCAACUCUUUUGCCUCACUCUAUAGCUCCUCCCGACAGACAGACACACACAGUGACAUCAGACACAUAUUUAAACUCAGACUGGUUAAAAAAGACAUAAUUUGGCCUUUGAGAAUACAUGAUUAUUAGCAUAUAGAGUGGGGAAGUGAGAUCUGAUCACAAGUGUUCACUGGAGACACAUUCAGGAACCAUUUAAUUCCAGGUGUAAACACAGGUACUUAACGCUGUCCACUUGAGAUUUUCAGGACUGAUGUUGAUACCAGGUCUGAACAGGGCCUUUGUUUUACUGUGUUCCAAACCCACGCCCUCCUUUUUCUCCUAACUUUGGCUCAGAAUACAGCAGCUUCACAGAGUGCGUUAAGCUACACCAGUAUCCUCUUUGGGUUUUCGAUCUCAGUAGUUAAUUGUCAGAUACAUGAUAAUUAAGUUAAUUAUUAAUUACGAUUAUCAGGCACCAAAGUAAAUGAAUAACCAUCAGACCUGAAGAUGGUGUAAUCUGAUUAUGGAUUUGCAUUGUUAUGGAGUCGAUGCAAUUUAGAAAUGUCUAACUUUGAAAAGUAAUUGGCUGAUUGCCUGCGACUUAUUCCAUCAUGCAGCAAAAUGAAGACGUUUUUGUCUCGGUCUAGGAUGUAUAAAACAUUUCAUCAAACAGCUUGCAAACUGCUGGCAGAGGACUGUGCAUCUACAAAGGCGGCCCGUACACACAAACACACACAUGUUUGUACUUCUAUCUUGGUGAAGAAACUCAACUGCAUAAUGCAUUCCCUAGCUCCUUACCCUAACCAUCCAAACUAAAUGCUUAACCUAAUCUAAACCUAAUUCUA